GGGUCAGGGCUCCGAGGCCCCCGGCACCGCCCGCUCCUCUGUGGAGCGCGGCGCCGGGAGCUGCCACGCCCUGGGCUCUGGGCUCCGCAGCUGGCCUCGCUCGACUGGCUCUCGAGGCUCGCUCGCGACCAGGGACCCGAGAGUCUGGGCCACUUGGAGGGCCGGCCAGUGCACUUGGCGGGCCAGGCCUACGCGGCAACAUGGAUCCAUCCUGCCCUGGCUUGGGCUAUCCUUUAGGAGAAGCGGCUUGCUUUGUUAGGAAACGCUACGGCCAAGGAAGGAAUUGCCCAACCAUUUGUUUUUGGAGGGAUCCAUCCACUAGAGACCCAAAGCUGUAAUCCCCUCUUCAGAACUCUAUCCCCACCCUACCCCCACCUCUGGGCUCCCAGCCAGGCUGCAGCACCACUCUCACAAAGCCACAAAAGAUUUCUCUCUGUAUCUUUGGAUGUCCUGGAACCCUCUGUGUAGAUCAAGCUAGCCCGAAACUCAGAUCCACAGCCUCUGCCUCAAGGGUGCUGCUGAGGGUAAAGGUGUGAGCCUUCUAAGUAGCAUACAGCAAAAAUUUAGGCCAAGCUGUGAAAGUCCCUGUGGUUAAGAACCUGUGCCUCUGGAACUCCUGUGUGCUGUGGAUGGCCCCGGCUGUCUUGACUGCCCUUCCCAAUAGGAUGUCACUGAGAUCGCUCAAAUGGAGCCUCCUGCUGCUGUCCCUGCUGAGCUUCCUGGUGAUAUGGUACCUCAGCCUUCCCCACUACAAUGUGAUUGAGCGUGUGAACUGGAUGUACUUUUAUGAGUAUGAGCCAAUAUACAGACAAGACUUUCGCUUCACACUCCGGGAACAUUCGAACUGCUCUCAUCAGAACCCAUUCCUGGUCAUCCUGGUGACCUCCCGCCCCUCAGAUGUGAAGGCCAGACAAGCUAUUAGAGUUACUUGGGGUGAGAAAAAGUCCUGGUGGGGAUAUGAGGUUCUCACAUUUUUCUUACUAGGCCAGCAGGGUGAAAGGGAAGACAAAACGUUAGCAUUGUCCUUGGAGGAUGAACACGUUCUCUAUGGCGAUAUUAUACGGCAAGACUUUUUAGAUACAUAUAAUAACUUGACCUUGAAAACCAUUAUGGCUUUCAGGUGGGUAAUUGAAUUUUGCCCCAAUGCCAAGUAUGUCAUGAAAACAGACACUGAUGUUUUCAUCAACACUGGCAACUUAGUCAAGUACCUCUUAAACCUAAACCACUCGGAGAAGUUUUUCACGGGCUAUCCUCUAAUUGAUAACUAUUCCUAUAGAGGAUUUUUCCUUAAAAACCACAUUUCAUACCAAGAGUACCCUUUCAAGGUGUUCCCUCCCUACUGCAGCGGGUUGGGCUACAUUCUGUCUGGCGACCUGGUGCCGAGGAUCUACGAGAUGAUGAGUCAUGUGAAACCCAUCAAGUUUGAAGACGUUUAUGUCGGCAUCUGUUUGAAUUUGUUAAAAGUGGACAUUCAUAUUCCAGAAGACACAAAUCUUUUCUUUCUGUACAGAAUACACUUGGAUGUAUGUCAGCUCAGACGCGUGAUUGCAGCUCAUGGCUUUUCUUCCAAGGAGAUCAUCACAUUUUGGCAGGUCAUGCUGAGGAACACCACAUGUCAUUAUUAAGACCAUACGCCAUCCACCUAGGGACGAGAGGAAGGCCACUGUAGAAAGGGUCGGAGUUAGUACUGUGGGAAACUCUGGAAGUGGAGUGUGCUGGCUUGCCUGGGCUGAAGCUUCUGGAGCAUCCUACACAGGAUCUCCAAGGCCCGAACUUAGAGUGUUUGUUUCCACAGAAUUUAACUUGGAUCCUUUAAAGGUGAUAGAGGAGUUGGAUAUAACGCAAACGAACGGUUUUGCUAAUAAGAUCAAAGCGUCAGACAGUCUGGAUGACUCGGGCUGUAGAUUAGAAGUUCUUAAGAUUUCCCUGGAAGAAAAAGUAACUAGUCCACAGCCAGAAAGCAGGAUGGAGUUGUAUUUAUUAGGUAGCCUAGUCACAUAAUGGUUCAGUAUGUAUCUUAGGUGGUUAUUAUUAAAAGAUAUAUAUACAUAUAUAUUUCUUGUAAAAAGUUUUACAGAAAUUAUAUUGAAAAAAUUCAUUAGUAUUGUUUUCAUUUGCAAGGUACUCAAUGUGUGGUCCUUAAGAGUUAUCAAGUCAAGUGUUUAACAUUUUCUAGGUGUUUAAAGGUUACGGUGGCUUCAGUAUUAUAUAGUGAAUUGCCUUUCACAUUUGAGCUUUGUUUUAUUCACUGCUGAUUUGUUUAAUUAAUGUGACAUCGUAGGUUAUUACUGACCGUAAUCUGUUGAACUUUGUUGCACUGUAAGCAUAUGGAGAAUUAAAGCAAGAAAAUAUGAGCUUUAUACAGUUCUUUUUAAAAAUGUAGUCAGUGUUUCUAGAUAUCACUUUGUCUGUCUCAUUAUCCUCCAAAGAAUUUGGGAAUAAUAGAGAAUUCCAGGCAGAGCAUUUCCUAAAGGCACAGAAGCUAAGACAGUCUGAGUGUUUACUACUGCAGUGUGUAAGCAGGAAAGGGAAGGUGGAAGAUCCAAGUUGUAUUGUUAACCCACCCAGUGUGUGUUUUCUACUGAGUAAUCAGUUUGUCAAUAAAGGAUUU